UAAAGACCGCGCGCGGCGACCGCGGGUCCAGCACUGCUGAGGAGCGGAGCCUCCGACUUGGGGGCCCCUCCUAUCCCUGGCUGUCCCCCAACUGCGCGUCCCCGCCCCACCCCCGCGACAGAGCCACUACUGGUACAGUGGUCUCCGCUUGGCAGAAGAGCCUUGAGCGGUCAUCCACCCCGUUCCACAGCCUCUUUCCAUCUCGAAUUUCGGGGCGGCCCCCUCCCCCACCUCUCCCUGCCUCUUUGCACCCCUCUUUUUUCUGCGUUUCGCUCGGGUUUUGUAGCCGUCUGUUUUUGCACCCCUUUUCGUUUUGCUUCUAGGCGGUUUGGGAGGGUGAAGCUGCAUUCAUACCCCUUCCCCUUGUUAUCCUUCCCCUACCCUGCUAGGCCCCCUUUUCAUCGCAGUCGGGGGGCCUAGGAUCGGUGCAUCUUCCGCCACGUUGCCUGCACCCCGCAGCGCGUGGCCGUGCACCCCGGAAUUUGCAGCAGCUGCAUAUCUUAGCGGGGUCUCAUUAGCCCCCGCCGCCUUUGCUCCAGGCGCUCUCGGGUGCGUGGAGGGCUACAGCGCGCGGCGCCCCCGCUUCUCCGCAGCCCCCAGGCCCUCGCGGGGACUCGCCCCGCUCCGCCGAGAUGGUCAUCCAGAAAGAGAAGAAGAGCUGCGGGCAGGUGGUUGAGGAGUGGAAGGAGUUCGUGUGGAACCCGAGGACGCACCAGUUCAUGGGCCGCACCGGGACCAGCUGGGCCUUUAUCCUCCUCUUCUACCUCGUCUUCUAUGGCUUCCUCACCGCCAUGUUCACCCUCACCAUGUGGGUGAUGCUGCAGACUGUCUCUGACCAUACCCCCAAGUACCAGGACCGGCUGGCCACACCAGGCUUGAUGAUUCGCCCCAAGACUGAGAACCUUGAUGUCAUUGUCAAUGUCAGUGACACUGAAAGCUGGGACCAGCAUGUUCAGAAGCUCAACAAGUUCUUGGAGCCUUACAAUGACUCUAUCCAAGCCCAAAAGAAUGAUGUCUGCCGCCCUGGGCGCUACUAUGAACAGCCAGAUAAUGGAGUCCUCAACUACCCGAAACGUGCCUGCCAGUUCAACCGGACCCAGCUGGGCGACUGCUCCGGCAUCAGAGACCCCACCCACUAUGGUUACAGCACAGGGCAGCCCUGUGUCUUCAUCAAGAUGAACCGGGUCAUCAACUUCUUUGCAGGAGCAAACCAGAGCAUGAAUGUUACCUGUGCUGGGAAGCGAGAUGAAGAUGCUGAGAAUCUUGGCAACUUUGUCAUGUUCCCUGCCAAUGGCAACAUCGACCUCAUGUACUUCCCCUACUAUGGCAAAAAGUUCCACGUGAACUACACGCAGCCCCUGGUGGCCGUGAAGUUCCUGAAUGUGACCCCCAAUGUGGAGGUGAAUGUGGAAUGCCGCAUCAAUGCCGCCAACAUCGCCACAGACGAUGAGCGAGACAAGUUCGCCGGCCGCGUGGCCUUCAAACUCCGCAUCAACAAAACCUGAGGCCCCUUCCUCCCACCCCCAUCUCUCUCCUGUGGAUGCUUCUGGAAUGUCCCUGACCCUGCCUGAUCCCUCCCUCACCCACCCCAAAGGUAUUUUUUAUAACAGAGCUAUGACUUGUCUGAGCCUCACACCCUUUUCCUUGACUUCUCAGCCCAGCCUGAUGUCCACUGUGAGUCCCUGGCCACACACAGUUCCCACCAUCUUCUCCCAACCUUAGCUCAGUCGGAGACAGGGAGCUGGGCUGCCAAGAUGGCCACAGAAGAGCAGGAGCCUUUCUAGUUCUGGUUUAGCUGUGAGAGCUACUCACCUCUCCUGCCCUCCUAUCCGGAGUGCUAUAGCAAAUAUCCACUGACCUACCCACCUACAAACGUGCACGCGCGCACCCCCCCCACCCAGGUUCAGCCCUUUGCUUCCCAGAGUUGAACGUGGUACUCCCUCCUGCCAUUUCUAAGCUUCCUCCCUCGUCUACACAGUUGCUGUCUUGGUGACUUUGACCUACCUGGCUCCUUUGGCAGGGCUUUUCCCUCCUCUCCAUCCCUAUUCCUGCCUCUGAAAGGCAGCCAUUUGUAUUUGAGGACAAGGUGGUUCUGUGGCCUUUUCCCUCUUUCCUGGCACAUCCUGCUUCUCACCCUGUGGUGAUUCCGUGAGCUCGGAAAUGAGAGACUAGAAGAGAAGCCCCUGUUGGCCCUUGAGAACUCUCUAGCAGCCCCUGACUCCGAUUUCUUCCAGGUUUCUCCUAUCACCCAAAUAGCCACUGCCCAGGGGGGCGGGGCUGACCUAGGCUGAAUAUCCACUUUGUUUUUGCCGAUGGCUCCCCUCCCCCAUUGGCCUUCCCAGAAUAUCCUUCAAGUUCACUUCCCAGGGAGCCCUGGGGGAGGGGCAGCCAUUUUGGCUGCGUCCCCAGCGGCCACCUUGGAAACAUUAGCUGGCUAUGGGACUAUUCCACCUCCUUCCCCUGAGCCCAGAUCUGCCCCCACCAUCCUCUCUCUCUGGCUUUGCUUAGCAAGUUAUCAACUUAUCACUAACUCCUUCCCUCUCCUCCGCAUGCCAGCCUGAAAGUUCCAAAUACCCUCCUCAAUCUAGGCUCCGAAUUUCUUGGCUCCAUCUCCUUCAGACCCCUUUGCCUUUAAAAAAAAAAAAAAAAAACCCAUAAUGCCCAUAGAAUGUUCAAUGAGGGGCCUUCUCCUGCUCUGAAUAUUCUUUAGCUGUAGAGGCAUUUUAACUCUUUCUCCUCCAGUGUCCCCUCACUUCUUCAGCCUCUCUAACCUCCCUUUUCUUUUCUUAAUGCUGCAGCCUCCACGCCCCACCCACAGACCGACCCUUCCGUUUUUUCUCUUGCUGGAUCUGUGUCUCUUCCCUUUGGGUCCCCAUGUUUUCCUGCACCUCCCCGCCCCAGUGGUCUCUCUCUGCAGUUAUUUAAUGCCUGUGUCAGAUCUACUGUAAAAAGAGGAUAAAGUACAAUAAAAUGAGAGCAAUUAUAUAUAUAAAUAUAUAUCAUAUACAGA